AUGAUUGAGACGAUCUACAUUGCUAGACAUGGUUUCAGAUUAAACUGGAUGAACACUAACUGGAAGAGUCCUACGGGUCUUCCAAGAGAUCCUCCUUUGGCUGCUUAUGGAGAGGUUCAAGCACAGGAACUUGCUGACCACUUUCUAGCUCUUCCCGAAGAGAAGCGCCCCACCAUCAUAUUAUCUUCCCCUUACUAUCGAUGUCUGCAGACGUCCAAGCCGACCUCCCAAGUUCUUGAAGUGCCCAUCUAUGUCGAACACGGAUUGUCCGAAUGGUAUUCCCCUGUCGCUCCUGGCACUGGCUUGCACCCUAGGCCAUCGUCCGCUACAGUCAUGCAAACAUACUUUUCAGAGAUCGACCCCUCGUGGUCCUCGAUCUGGUAUCCCACACGGAGAGGCGAGGACGUCGAAGCCUUGCAUGAGCGCGCCAACGGUAAACACGCUUUGGCAGUCAAGCAUAAGAACAUUCUUCUAGUCAGUCACGCUGCGACUGUUAUCGUGCUGUGUCGGGCCUUGCUAGCACAACCAGAUCUCCCUUUGAGAGUUGGCUGCUGCUCAAUCUCUGAGUUUUCUCGUAAACCGAACGCUUCAGGUGUAUUGGGAGCUUGGGAAGCCAAGUAUUUGGCUUCAGGGAGCCACCUGAAGGAAGGUGCAUCCAGAGACUGGGGCUUGGAGGACAUCCAGAUUGCGAAUGGCAAGGUUAUAUCGGACCAAGGUGUUCCCGCGAUGCAAGAAGAAGAAGAAGACAAUUGUGGGCCCCAGAUACAUCGCAGCAGUUUGUGA